AUGCAGGACGGGCUUAACAAGCUGAUGUCCUUACUUGGCCCUGAAGGCAUUCAACACCUUGUGGCACAAGGCCCCGAGGCAAUCGGUGCGCGUCUAGAGGCGGUUCCGAGUUACGAAAACGCGCAGCUAGAGUACCUGCAGCAGGAGAUGUCUGCAUCGUUUUCGUCUAUGACGCCACCGUCGGUGACGGAUGACUUCCCCCGGCCUAUGCCGCCCAUGAUGAGCGUAAAGGUUUUUGAGGGGAAGGAUGGAGAGGAUCUCCUGCUCUGGGUGAAAGAGGUCGAGACGGCUAUCGCAUCCGCCAUGCUUCAGACCGAGCAACAGCGCGUGGUACUAGCCAUCUUCAAGCUCGGUGGUCGAGCGCGAGAAUGGGCACUGAUGUGCGGCACUUCGGUCGGAGCUAAGUUUCCCUCCUCGGCGGAGCUAAAAUUGCAGCUCUCCCUAGUGUUUUCGCCGCCUAAUUAG